GUCGGCUUGCAGUGACGCCCGCCCGCCUUCAGCGCCAUCUUGCCGGCGGCGGGAGGAGCACGCCGCGCCGGUGCGGCCCGGCCUGGUCCCGCCAUGCCGCACUACCAGGCCUGGGAGGAGUUCACGCGAGCUGCAGAGAAGCUCUACCUCGCCGACCCCAUGAAGGUGCGGGUUGUUCUCAAAUAUCGACAUUGUGAUGGGAACCUCUGUAUCAAAGUAACGGAUGAUGUGGCUUGUUUGCUGUAUAGAACAGACCAGGCGCAAGACGUAAAGAAGAUCGAGAAAUUCCAGAGUCAGCUAAUGCGACUCAUGGUGGCUAAGGAAUCCCGCAGUGCUGCCAUGGAAACAGACUGAAUUGCUGAAAAUAAAAUGAGUGCUCCAGUCAUAUUUCACUGGAAGAAAAUAUCUCUUGGAUUUGAACGAAUACUGGGACAGGAGAUGCUUUUGUGUACUGAAGUGGACCGAUGACAAGUCUGAAGCUUUUUCCCCCCCAGAUUCCGCUUUGGAAAAUUAGGAAAAUAAAUGCUUUCAAUUGAAAGCUUAUUUAUUUUUGGGAAUCGAACAAGAAAACUAUUCUUACACAUUAGGUAUGCUAAGAAGACAAGUAAAUGUUUUACAUCUACAGAACUUUAGUGUGAAUUUGAUGGGCCACAAGCAUAUUUCUGGAAAGUUACUAUAAAAUUUAAUAUAGAUUUCAUUGUGUUCAUACCUUAUGCUGAUGUACUCCCACAGUGAGAAGGUUUAUUAACGAGACUAAUACGGUAGCAUGAUGACUGGAUCUAAUAAUAUUUACAUAAAUGAUAUACAUCAGUGGGGUUUUCUGAGCUGAAAUGUUAAAAUUGCCAAUUUGUAUUAGCACUGUCACUAGCAAGAUUUUAGCUUUUAGUAUUGAUCUUGGUCAUAAGCUGUGCAACAUCUGUGAUGCAGUUUGUAGAACUGUUAUAUUGGCUGAAUAAUUAAACUUCUGUAUUUUAAAAAUUAAAGUAAAACUUUGCUUGAAUAUUGAUAGAGAUCAGUGAAAAACUGGGAGUUUAUUUUCUGCUUAUGCAAAUACUGUUAUUAAAAAAAAGUCAGUGGCAUUUUUCCAUACUUGACCUAUUUUAUACUAGCAGGGGAGCUUUUCCCACCCUUGCUUCAGGCAGAGUUGAAGUAUAUCAGCAAGACAAAUUCUAGAAGCUCUUGCCUAUUAUGUUAACAGAAAAAAUGCAACCAAACACUAUCCAGAUUCCUUAUUUUAGCAGCUUGCUAACUGUGCGUUUUCAAACGUUACAUGUGGCAGAUGGAUGUCAGCCAACUAAAUAAAUGGAUGAAAACCAGCUUAAUAAACACUUAAAUACCACUGUCAAAAAUA